AUAAAGAAAAGAAAAAGAAAAGAAAAAGAGAUAUGGCGUCAAUAGCUUUUCUGGUGACUACCGUUAUUACCAUCUUGUUUACCGCUACGGCCGUUUCAAGCUUUUACGGGAGCAGUCCAGUAUGCAUUUCUUCGGGGGAAGACGAAUCUCUCUACAGCUGCGCCUGUAGCGAGGAGAAGUUUCCCGACGACGACGACACGACGUGGCAGGACGGGCAGGAGGCCGUGCUGACCUUCCUCGACGGCAAUCUGCUCGAGGAUGGGUACUCCGACGUCUGCAUUAACGCCACGUAUUAUGGGACGAGAUUCUUCCUCUACGGGGGUUGCAACGACGACCACGAUCUAGAUACAUGCAAGACUUGCCUGCAGGAGGCGCGCAGCGUGGUGAGCAGCUACUGCCCUAACGCGACGGGAGCUCAGGCCGCGUCCAGGAGGUGUUGCGUUCGGUACGAGAAGUACAAGUUAUGUUGCGAGCCAUAACUUACUGUUGUGUCGUUACGAAUAAAGACUUGGUCUAGUA